GCUUGCAUGUGCAGAAUUGUAAUAUUUUGCUCCGGGCUGUUUAUUUCAAUUCUAUCUGUGUUGAGGUUUUUAACCAUUGUUUUGAGAAAAACUGAUGAGACGAGACGUUCGCCUAUUCGUAUGUGAUAUGCCCUGCCAUUGCAUUGUAGUGCAGCUCAGGAUUGUUGAAAAACACAAAAAACAGAGCGGCACAAAAACGUUCUAUACACAAGAACAUAUGAUUCGCAUCCUGGUGUCUGAAUGGCAAAAGUGUGCUUAAAGACAAUAUAAGCAAUGGUGUAACUAAUGGUGCGACGGAGGCGGUCGUAUACGAAAAGAUAGACCUAUAGUCAAAACUACUCAUGGUUAUGUCGCUGGUGUGGAACUGAAAACUCUCUACGAAGGGCUGAAGUAUUAUGGUUUUAUGGGAAUCCCGUUUGCUGCUCCACCAAUCAAAGAAUUGAGAUUCAAGGACCCAAUAGAGAUUGACCCUUGGCAGGAAACACUCGAAGCAACAAAGGAAAAGCCCGCUUGUGUUCAACACAAUACCAAUAUUAAAAAAGGUCAACCCAUCGGGCAGUACGGCGUAGAAGAUUGCCUGUAUCUUGACAUUUUCACCCCAAACAUUGAUGAAGUUCACAGACCCGUCAUUAUUUUUAUUUACAACGAAAUGUUUCAAGUUGGAUAUAACAAAACAAAAGAUUACGCGCCAGAUUUUUUUAUUGAAGAAAACGUUAUAGUAGUAACUCUAAGCCAUAGAUUGUCAGUUUUUGGUUUUCUAUCUUUUGAUGAUGAUGUUCUUCCAGGAAACGCAGGUUUGAAAGAUAUAUACAUAGCUAUCAAAUGGAUUAAGAAUAAUAUUGAGCGAUUUGGCGGAGAUCCUGAUAGGUUAACUCUAAUGGGCUCUCAAGGAGGCGCUGUUUCAAUUGACCUACUUAUACACUCAGAGGCUAAUAAAUUGUUUAAUUCAGCCAUUCUUCAAAGUGGCUCAUCUCUAAGCCAAUUAUACUUAGAAAGAAAUGUUCGAGAAAGGGCACUUAAACUCGGAGAACUAUUAAAAAUUCCUUCAACAACCAGCGAAAAGCUUCUCAAGGAGCUCCAAGACGUUUCACCUAAUGAAAUUCUUAAAGAGGAGCUCCGAGCAAUGCCCAAUCAUUAUAAUGUAGAGAAUCAAAGAGGUUUAUUGCCUUUCGGGCCCGUUGUCGAGAGAGAUGGUUUAAUUAAUCAACUUCCAGAAGAUUCAUUACAGGACGUUAAUAUUCCCAUUAUGAUUGGUUAUAAUUCCCGAGAAGGUCUCGACGCUUCAAUACAAUAUCUAUUAGAGCCCAAUUUUAUUGGGAGCAUAAAUAGGAAUUUUCCUCUCAUAAUGCCGAGACGAUUGCGUUUUAAAUUCGAUCCUGAGAGUGACAGUUAUAUAGAAGCCGUCGAAGAGGUUAAGAAAUUCUACUUCAAGAAAGCGAUUACAAUAAAAAGCGUGCCCCAAUAUGUGACUUAUAUUGGCGAUAUUCUUUCGUCUUACAAUAUUAAUAUGAUGGCUGAGAUGUAUUCAAAUAAGACGAACGUUUACUUUUAUUAUUUUGAUUACUACAGCGAUUUGAAUGAAAAUAAGAAUAAUUUACUAAAGUUGUCUGUUGUCGAUGAUGGUACUUGGGGUGCAGCGACGGCAGACGAGCUUUGUUAUUUGUUCAAAUGUCCCCAUUUGAUGAGUAAAUAUUUAAGGUAUAGAGAGUCAAUGUCUGAAGAAGCAAAAAUACAACGUAGUUUGGUAAAACUAUGGACGAACUUUGCUAAGUACGGAAAUCCCACACCAGACAAGGCAAAUCCCUUAAGCAUUAAAUGGCCUACGUACAGUAAUGAAUUGAAGCAAUAUCUUCAUAUAAGUAACAAAAUGGAAGUAAAACAAAAUUUAUUACAAAAAGAAAUUCAAUUUUGGAAUAAGUUUAUUGAGAAAUGGGGUCGAAGGGCUGUUAAUGGAGUUGUGAAGGAUAAUUAUAUAAAAGAUGAACUUUGAUAGAUUGUUUUAUGUCAAACUUCAAUUUUCUGGUAACAACAGAAUGACCGUAAACUGUACAAAGGUCAAAUCAAAUCAUAAUCAAUUUGACCUUUGACCAAUAACAUUUUCCGAAGUGGUAUGGCCUAAUCGGUUUUCAGUUCGGUGACCCUUCAGAUAGAGAAUCCAAAGAAUUGA